AGUACAGAGUAGCAAUCAACGCGAAUCGCUGUCAGUUAGAAGAUGGUAAUGAUGAUGAUGGAUACGAAGACGCUGUCCUUGUUCUGCGUGGUGCUGGCGGUGUUUGCUUGCCACACCUUUGCACAAUCCAAUGCGGGCAAUAACACCGAAGAUUGUCCCCCCGAAAAUGGAAUUCCGGACAACAACGAAACCGAUAAGGGUGGCGUCGACGAAGGCUUGUGCGUUGCCUUCCAGGAGGUGCGCGGCCUGAUCGACCUCGAGGCGCUGGAGGCCCUGAUCGAGACGCACGCUCAGUGCGACGCCAAGUUCCGGAAGGCCAUUCGCUUCUUCAACACCCCCGCAUUCGAGGAGGUGGCCCUGCAGCUGCAAGCGAGCGAAGCCUAUCAGACGGCGCUGGAAGAGCUCCAGUUUGCCGGCGUAAACACCACAGACAUUGAGAUCAUCCUGGACAUUUUUGCGUGCAUUGCACUGCCGGUUCCCCAAUCCGAAAAGAGCUGCGACUGCAGCAAGAUCAAGAAGAAGAGUUGCAGCUUCAUCGCCGACCUGCUGGUCCUCAUGCCCAAGAGCGAUGUGCACGAAUAUUCCGUGGAUGCCCAGUCAAGGCAAUCGAACUUUGCCCUGUUUUCCCGCACGGUCACGUCGAUCGAUUUCCAGGCCACUCUGCGCGCCAAUAUUAAGAAGCGCGAUUUGGCCCAUCCAUUGAAGACCCUGCGACGGUACGGAUGGGACAUUCCCGAGCUGCUGCGCGCCCUGAUAACCAUUCUCUCCUGGUGACCUGCUGACAGGACACGCCACCGCCACAACCAUUGUGCGCAACUCGGCAUUGUAUGCAAACCAAAUACAGCAACAAGUUAAAAGAAAAAAAACUGAUUCU